UUAGCAAUUGUAAUUGUGUGGGAGCUAAGAAAGAAAACGGUACACGUAUUUUAGCAAGUAUAAUCCGAAGCAGAAGCAGCAAAAGAAGAAAUGGCGGCAGCUGAAGGAGUGAGCCUAAAUCAUAUCUCUCGAGAGUCCUCUGACGUUAGGCGCCUCGCCAAUUUCUACCAACAGAUACUUGGGUUCGAGCAAGUGGAGACCCCCAACUUCGGAGACUUCGAGGUUAUAUGGCUCCGCCUCCCAUCAUCUUUUAUAUACAUCCAUCUCAUCGAGCGCGACCCAACCACCUCCCUCCCCGAGGGUCCAUGGAGCGCCAGCUCUCCUGUCGCUGAUCCCAAGAAUCUCCCCAGAGGCCACCAUAUCUGCUUCUCCGUCUCCAACUUCGAUUCCUUUGUCAACACCCUCAAGGACAAGGGUAUCGAGACCUUUCAGAAAUCCCUACCAAAUGGCAAGAUCAAGCAAGUUUUCUUUUUCGAUCCAGAUGGUAACGGUUUGGAGGUUGCAAGCCGGGAACAAGAUUCCUAAUUACUAGUAUGUUUCUAUGUAUAACUAUGAAUCUAUGAUAUGACGUAUUGUGUUUGUGCCUUAUCGUUUAACAACACUUGUAAUCAUGACCAAUUUAUAUUAUGCAUGCGAGUUUCCAAUCAAA